CAUUAUCCUUAGGAGAGAGUGCGAGCAGUUAGUUCCAAAGCGGAAACUCCUCCCGAAUCCUGACUGCGGGACCCACAGACACAGAAAAAAAAAAAGGAUACCAACCAAAUUAACACAAACCACCCGGAAACACACGCACAUUCUACUAUAAAACAAGAAAACUACAGCAAAUAAAACGCUUAAGAAAAACGUAGCAUUGACAUAAAACUGUCUGUACAACAACUCGGAAUAUUUUUUUCUUGUAACAGUGUUUUUAUGUUUUGAAUCGAGCGUCCAUCGGUGCUCCGACAUUAUAAGAGAACUGGACCGACCGGGCAAUGAUUCCCAAUACCUGAAUUUCAAGGAGCCUGAGAGAAUAGGUUAUGCAGACUUGAAGGCGCUCUCUGUACCUUGUGGAGAUUUGUGCCUUAAAGAAAAUGGGAUUUGGAAGAGAUCUUCAACAUUCCCACGAUGCACUGUUGAAGCUGCAGGACUGGGAGUUAAAACUGCUGGAGACAGUAAAGAAGUUUAUGACUUUGCGGGUUAAAAGUGACAAGGAAUAUUCAUCCCUCCUUCAAAAUAUAAGUCAACAAGUAGACAAGCAUGAUAACUCCUCGCAAGUGGAUUAUGUCAGCAACGUUUCCAAGUCUUGGGCAUAUAUGGUACACCAGACAGAACAGCUAAGCAAGAUAAUGAAGUCACACGCUGAGGACCUUAACUCAGGACCUCUCCACAGGCUCACCAUGAUGAUAAAGGACAAGCAGCAGGUGAAAAAGAGUUAUCAUAGCUUACAGCAGCAAAUCGAAUCAGAGAUGUGCAAGGUAACAAAAAACGAGCUGGAAAAAUUAAAAGGCACUUACAGACAAUUAACAAAAGAUGCCAAUUGUGCCAAAGAGAAGUAUAAAGAAGCUAUUAUGAAAGAUGAACUUCUAAAUGCUCCAGGCAAGGAACCUGAAAAGGCCAGAGACCGGUAUGACAAAGCAACAAUGAAACUCCACAAUCUCCAUAACCAAUAUGUGCUAGCAGUGAAGGGGGCCCAGCUGCACCAGGAGCAUUAUUAUGACACUAUUCUUCCGCAGCUACUGGACUCCUUACAGAAAAUGCAGGAAGAAAUGAUUAGAGCACUGAAAGGAAUUUUGGAAGAAUAUAGCCAGAUCACCAGUUUUGUAACAGUUGAAAUAGUUAAGCUUCAUGCAGACAUACACACCUCUCUAGAGCAGAUUGACCCCUCUGUAGAGUAUGACAGUUUUAUUGAAGUUCACAGAUCACCCGAAGUUAAGGAACCAAGCGUAGAAUUUGAUGUUUCUCUGUUGGAAGAAGCCGAAAACCUUCAAGCAAAUGAAAUCUUGUGGAACAGUUUAACAGCUGAUAGUUUACAAGCAAUGUUGAAAACAGCAACAGAUGACCUAGCCCAAACUCAACAGACACUCCUUAACAAAGAAGAACUGAUGCAGGACUUAGAAAGGAAAAUUGAAGAAUCUGCCAAGUCGUGUGAAAAUAAAUCGGAUGUUGUCUUGCUGCUUAGCCAGAAGCAGGCAUUGGAAGAGUUAAAGCAGACAUUACAAUUGCUGAGGUGCACAGAGGCUAAGCUGGCCGCUCAGAAAGAGUUACUGGAUCAGAAGAUGCAAGAGAAUGAUGGCAAAGAGCCCCCUCCUGUCGUAAAUUACGAAGAGGAUGAUGUCAGAUCUGUUGCUUCCGUGGAUAAAGGAAAAGACAAGGUCUCGAAGUUGGACACCUUACGGCAUUCUAUUGCUGGGAUUAUUCGGUCUCCAAAAUCAGUCUUGGGUUCAUCUUCAUUCUUUGAUGUGAUACCAACCAGCGAGAAGCCAUUAGGAGAGCAGGAUUGGUACCAUGGUGCAAUCCCAAGAAUAGAAGCUCAGGAGCUGUUGAAGCAACAGGGAGACUUUUUGGUCCGGGAAAGCCAUGGCAAACCGGGUGAAUAUGUCCUCUCUGUUUUUUCAGAGGGACAGCGAAGACACUUUAUCAUACAGUAUGCAGAUAAUCAGUAUCGAUUUGAAGGCACUGGCUUUCCAACUAUUCCUCAGCUAAUAGAACACCAUUACACAACAAAGCAAGUUAUUACAAAGAAGUCGGGCGUGGUGCUACUGAAUCCUGUUGUCAAGGAUAAGAAAUGGGUUCUCAAUCAUGAAGAUGUAACACUUGCAGAGUUACUGGGCAAAGGUAAUUUUGGAGAAGUAUUCAAAGGAACAUUGAGAGACAAAACUCAAGUUGCUGUAAAAACAUGUAAAGAAGAUCUACCACAGGAGCUAAAAAUAAAAUUCUUAUCAGAAGCAAGGAUACUUAAGCAAUACGAUCACCCAAAUAUUGUGAAGUUAAUAGGAGUCUGCACACAAAGACAGCCUAUUUACAUUGUAAUGGAACUUGUUCCAGGAGGAGAUUUCCUUUCCUUUUUGAGGAAGAAAAAAGAAGACCUAAAAACGAAACAGCUGGUGAAAUUUGCUUUAGAUGCUGCUUUAGGAAUGGCUUAUCUUGAAUUAAAAAACUGUAUCCACAGGGAUCUUGCUGCAAGGAACUGCCUGGUUGGCGAAAAUAACUUGCUGAAGAUCAGCGACUUUGGAAUGUCUCGGCAAGAGGAUGAUGGGAUUUAUUCAUCAUCCGGCUUGAAACAGAUUCCCAUCAAAUGGACGGCUCCAGAGGCCCUAAAUUACGGGAGAUACAGUUCAGAAAGUGACGUGUGGAGUUAUGGCAUUCUUCUCUGGGAGACGUUCAGUUUAGGAGUUUGUCCCUACCCCGGAAUGACAAACCAGCAAGCCAGGGAGCAAGUUGAAAAAGGUUACAGAAUGACUUGUCCACAGAAGUGUCCAGAGGAGGUCUACAAAACAAUGCAGAAAUGCUGGGAAUACAAGCCUGAAAACCGUCCCAAGUUUGUUGACAUACAAAAGGAACUUGCAUCAUUAAAAAAGAAAUAACACUAUAGAUAGAGGCAGGAACAUAUAUACUUCUUAUCUUAUAUAUAAAUCUAUAUCUUGGCAAACAGAAUAAACACUGAUUUUUUGCCUCAUCAUGCUAUACUGCAUUAACAGGUUUAAAAUAAUUUGUAAUAAUGUUAGUAUCCAGUUGCUAGUGUCAUAGUUUGCCUAUAACUAUUUGAGGGCAUAAAAAGGAAAAAAAAAAAAAAAAAAAACAGCCUAAACACAGCUGCCAAAUAUUCUGCCAUCCCUAAAGUCAGAGGUGCCAUUUGUGUUCUGUUUUAGUGGGGUGUAUUUCAUGCAUGGGGAAUUAAAACUGAGGUAAGCCCUUGAUGCAUGUUAUUUUAUUGUCUAAUUUAUUGAUAACGUCGGCCCAGAUGUUUAUGGGAAAUGGUAAUGCAGUUAUUUCCCUGCUUAGAGUUGUUUUCCCAAAGUUUACAAUAAGCAAGUCAUUCUGGAAUUCAAUCCUAGUUAGCACCUUUGACAGGCUAGGUAAUUUCUUGAUCACAAAACCAAUGCCAGGAAAUACACCCUCAUGCAAGGGCACAAAAUAUAUCCUGUUGUCUGUAACUGUGAUUAACUAGCUUUUUGUUACUGUAAUUAUCAAGUGUUUGCUGAAUCUGUUUUUUUAUGUAUAUUAUCACCAGUAUUUACCAAAGCCCAGCAUCUGCACAUCAUGUCAUACAAAUGAACUACCUGUACAGUAUGUGAAACACAUUUUUUUUAAUACUUUAUUUUUUAAAACGUGGUAUUUUACAAGGUGCAUUUUUAGGUUUUGAAAUACAUGUUCAUAUGUUUUCUACAAAAUAAAAACUCACUUGACAGGCA